AUGUUACUUGGUCUCCGAGUUGAUGGAAAAGCUACUAACGGUCCUACCGAAGUAACAAAUGAUGUUUACAUGGAGAACUUAGGGGUAGAACCUACAUCAGCUGAUCAAAACAGAGGUUUCGUUAAGAUUACUUGGCUAGAGAGUUUAUACGAACUUCUAAAAAAUAACUCUUCCCCAACCCAAGAACAUAUUAUUUUACAAGCUAAAGUUUAUAUUUUACUUGUAAUUGCUGCUAUUUUGUUUCUCGACAAGAGUCAAAAUCUGUUGCAUUCUUCCUGGAUUCCUUUCAUAGAGGAUCUAGAAAAAUGUAACACCUUUAGUUGGGGUUCUGCUUGUCUUGCAAAAUUGUACAGAAAAAUGUGCAAGGCCGCGGUCAAAGAUGUCAGGAGCAUGAGUGGUUGUGUUGUAUUAUUCACUACUUGGGUAUUCACGCGUAUACCCUUGGUUGCUCCUGUUAAUACAUUGCAGCCGUCAUUUCCAUACACUUAA